AGUGUGUCAAAUUAUUGUGUCUCACUGUUAAAAGGUGCAAAAUGACAGCGAAAAAAAGAAAGUUUUCAGAAGAUUGCAUCAAGUUUGGAUUUACCUUCAUAGAAAAAGAGAGUUACAGUUGCCUCAGUGUGUGAUAUGUAUGAAAGUUUUAAGUAAUGUAAGCAUGAGGCCCAAUCGCCUUGAAAGGCAUUUGAAGCAACAACAUCCUACUCUGGUUUUGAAGACGAAAGAGUUUUUUUCUUCUAAAGCAGAAUCACUCAAGCGCGUGAGACUGGAUAAACCGGGAAGUUAUCGCACAGGUGUAUCACAGCAUCUCAAAGCUUCAUUUGAAACAGCUUUUAUGAUACCAAAGCAAAAGAAACCUCAUACUAUUGGUGAAGAAUUAAUAAAACUAUGUGUCCUGAAGGCCACGCAGAUAAUUUUAGGAGAAGAUUCAGAGCAAAAAAUGAAGUCUAUUUCUCUUUCGAAUAACACAGUUCAGCAUAGAAUCGAUGACAUUGCAGCAGACAUAAAGUUACAAAUAAUUAACAAAGUAAAAUUAUCGCCAUGUUUUGCCAUUAGUUGCGAUAAAUCCACCGACAUCGUUAAUUGUGCACAGUUAAUAGUUUAUGUUCGUUACAUCGGCGGAGAUAUCAUUCAAGAAGAGAUUUUGUACUCCCAAUCUUUGACAGCAGGUACUACAUCUGAAGAUAUAUUUAAUUCGAUAUCAAAUUUUGUGAAACAAAAUGAUUUAGAUUGGAAGAAACUCAUUGGACUUUGCACAGAUGACGCACCUGCAAUGAUAGGUGCAUGAUCGGGCUUAGCUAAAAAGCUCAAGGAAAAAAUGCCGCAAUGGUUAGUACACAUUAUUUUAUUCAUCGGCAAGCUUUGGCUUCCAAAACACAGAAAUUACGCCAGACUUUGGACUCGGCUAUAAGGAUUGUGAAUUACAUCAAGAGCAGCGCUUGAACAGUCGGUUAUUUAUUUUACUUUGCGAGGAUCUCGAUUCUGAUCACAAAGUUCUUCUGUUCCAUACAGAAGUACGCUGGCUGACCAAAGGCAGCAUGUUGGCUCGACUUUAUGAAUUGAAAGAAGAGGUAAUUCUUUUUCUUGAGUUCAAAGAAAAAGACGAUUUCUUGACAAUGUUCAAACAUGACACAUUUCAAUGGAGGUUGGAUUAUUAAACUGACAUAUUUGACUCCUUGAAUGAGCUAAACUUUGUAACUUCAGGGCAGAAAUAGCACUAUAAUAAGCAAUUAUGCUAAUGUUCAGGGGUUCAUAUCAAAGCUUCAACUUUGGAAUCAAAAAGUGUCUUCUGAAAAUAUUUCUUUUUCUCGGCUGUUCGAAGCAAUUAAAAAUAACAUACUGGACGCAAAUUUAAAAACUGACAUAAAAACUCAUUUGCAAGCGCUGGAAGACGAAUUUCGCCAAUACCAUCGAGACAUCAAUUCAGAAUCA